CCUGUGUGGAGCUCGGCGGCUGCAGACGCGGCGGCGGCGGCAAGGCAGGCGGCGGCCCCGGGAGCAGCAACAUGAGCGGGUCGCAGAAUGAUGACAGAAGGCAAUUCCUGCUGGAGCGGCUGCUGGACGCAGUGAAGCAGUGCCAGAUCCGCUUUGGAGGGAGAAAGGAGAUCGCCUCAGAUUCAGACAGCAGGGUGACCUGUCUGUGUGCCCAGUUCGAAGCCGUCCUUCAGCAUGGCAUGAAGAGGAGCCGAGGAUUGGCACUCACGGCUGCAGCCAUCAAACAGGCAGCAGGCUUCACCAGCAAGACCGAGACAGAGCCCGUGUUCUGGGUCUACGUGAAGGAGGUCCUCAAUAAGCACGAGCUGCAGCGCUUCUACUCCCUGCACCACAUCACCUCCGACGCUGGCCGAGGCCGGGCCUGGCUGCGCUGCGCCCUAAAUGAGCACUCCCUCGAGCGCUACCUGCACAUGCUGCUGGCUGACCGUGCCAGGCUCAGCACAUUCUAUGAAGAUUGGUCUUUUGUGAUGGAUGAAGAAAGGUCCAGCAUGCUCCCUACCAUGGCAGCUGGUCUGAACUCCAUACUCUUUGCAAUUAACAUUGACAAUAAGGAUUUGAAUGGGCAGAGCAAAUUUGCUCCCACUGUCUCUGACCUCCUAAAGGAGUCAACGCAGAAUGUGACAUCUUUGCUGAAGGAGUCCACACAGGGCAUGAGCAGCCUUCUCAGGGAGAUCACAGCGUCCUCUGCUGUCUCCAUUCUCAUCAAGCCAGAGCAGGAGACUGACCCUCUGCCUGUCAUAUCCAAGAACGUUCAUGUUGAUACCCGAUGUAAAAGGGAGCGGAGAAGGAGGAAGAAGGUGACCAACAUUGUCUCUUUUGAUGAUGAUGAGGAGGAGCAGGGUACUGGGGACACUUUAAAAAAGAUGCCUGGGACUGCAGAAAGCUCGGAGGAGAACUCUGACCGAUCCUCCGUCAACAUCAUGGCAGCCUUUGAAGGCUCCUUUGGGCCAAAUUCCAACGGGAGCCAGAGCAGCAGCUCAUGGAGAAUUGAUUCUGCGUCUUUGAAUGGGGAGCUGGGCUACCAGAAGCUUGAUGUGAAGAGCAUUGAUGACGAUGUGGAUGAGAACGAGGAGGAUGGGUGCAGGAGCCCGUUAGGAAGGGGGCACACUGGCCACACAGAGUCACCAGACAGGACACUGGAUGAGAACGCCUGCCUGGCCCAGGUCCACGGCUGGGCUCCACUGCAGGUGCUUCAUGGAGAUGCUGAUGCUGACACUGAUGUCCUCUUCCCUGUCAGUGGAGUGGGCUCCUAUGGUGCAGCAGAUGCCCCUGUGGGAAGUCUGGAGAAUGGAACAGGAACAGAAAACCACAUAAUCCCAGAGCCUGGCCUUCGGUACAGUAGGGAAGCCAGUUCUCCAGGCCAAGGAAGUCCUCUGAGCAGCUUGCUACCUUCUGCCUCAGUGCCUGAGUCCAUGACAGUCCAUGAACUGCGCCAAGCCAUUGUGGCCAUGAUGAACAGAAAGGAUGAAUUGGAAGAAGAGAAUGGAUCACUGCGGAAUCUCCUUGACGGUGAGAUGGAGCACUCAGCAGCACUCCGGCAAGAGGUGGAUGCCCUGAGGAGGAAGGUGACAGAACAGCAGGAGCGCCAUGCCACAAAGGUCCAGGCGCUGGCCAGAGAAAACGAGGUGCUCAAAGUCCAGCUGAAGAAAUAUGUAGGAGCUGUCCAGAUGCUGAAAAGAGAAGGUCAAACAGCUGAAGUUGUUCCUAGUCUCUGGAACGUUGAUGCAGAAGUCACAGUCCCUGAACAGAAACCUGGGGAAGUUGCUGAGGAACUAGCAAGCUCAUACGAGAGGAAACUCAUUGAGGUGGCUGAGAUGCAUGGGGAGCUGAUUGAGUUCAACGAGCGUCUACACAGGGCCCUGGUGGCCAAGGAAGCCCUGGUGUCCCAAAUGAGGCAGGAGCUGAUUGACCUCCGAGGACCGGUGCCUGGAGAUUUGAGCCAAACAUCUGAAGAUCAGAGUUUGUCGGAUUUUGAAAUAUCAAAUCGGGCACUGAUCAAUGUCUGGAUCCCGUCUGUGUUUCUCCGAGGUAAAGCAGCCAAUGCGUUCCAUGUGUAUCAGGUCUACAUUCGGAUAAAAGACGAUGAGUGGAAUGUGUAUCGGAGGUACACCGAGUUCCGGGCGCUGCACCACCAGCUACAGAGUGCUUUCCCGCAAGUAAGGGCCUACAGUUUCCCACCCAAAAAGGCCAUCGGAAACAAGGAUGCCAAGUUUGUGGAAGAGCGGCGAAAGCAACUCCAGAGCUACCUACGCAGCGUCAUGAACAAGGUCAUCCAGAUGGUGCCUGAGUUUGCUGCCAACCCCAAGAAGGAGACCCUGGUACAGCUGGUGCCCUUCUUUGUGGACAUCACCCCACCUGGAGAACCGCUGAACAAGAGCAGCAGGCCAAAAGUAGUUCCCCGAUUCCCUAAGCUGUCCCGAGGCCACCCCAGGGAGGCGCGCAACGUGGAACCUCAAAGUGGUGACCUCUGACCUCGGUGGACUCUCAGCCCCCAGCCACUUUGUGCUCAACCUUGCCAUGGCAGCUGGCCCUGGACACCUUGGCAGGAUGACCAUGUCCCCACAGAGAACACACCCUUCCUGCUGCCACAUGCCACCCAAUUAAACUGGUCAGUUUUAGCUGCUGGGUCUCUGUCCUUAGAGCAAAGCAUUGCUCACUGGACAGACACAGAUGGGGACUCUGUCACUACCCCCAGAGUGGCCAAGGAUGGUUGUCACCUCCUCCAGUUCUGCCAACAGACAGUGGGUGCCAGGCUGGGCCCAGACCCCUGGCUGAGAUGCACAACACAUGGCAGAAGGAUCCUUCGGAUGCCACCUGUGACGCUUUCCCACGUGGGAACUAGAACGACUGUUAUACUCUUGAAUUUCCUGAUGCAAUUGCCUGCUGCAGCUGGUGGAUGGGGUCUGCUUCCCUGUCCUCUUCCCCCUAGGGUGGUUAGACACCCAAUGGCACUGCCACGUGGCUGGUAUGGAUGUGAUUUCUCCAUCUAGUGGCCUAGCAAAGCAAUUGGCAGUGACUUGGUUCUUGAGGGACUUAUCCUUCCCUCUUCUUGCUGGCUCCAGGAAGCACCCUGCACAUAGGGAACCUGAGGCUGCCCCAGCAAGGACCUCCACCCUCCAGCACAGCCCUCAGCAGCAGCCUGAAAACUCUGGCCCAAGAAUUGGUGGCUGUGACCUCA